AUGGCGGCGGGCCGAGCCGCGCUGCAUUCCCUUCUGCCGCCGCGCCUUGCCGGCGACGCAAUGCCAGGGCGCUCAUCCCCGCCAUGCCUUCCGUCGACGACCGCCGACGCGAUCCGCGGGCGGAUCUUCAGCACCCGAUCCGCGCGGCCUUGUGCGAAGAUCAGCGCGCGGCUCGGGGCGACGAUCGGCGCGGGUUGCCGUUCGGAGGCCGGGCAUCGGCGGGCGCUGUCGGCGAUUGGGACGAGCGCGGAGCCGGUUGUGGGAAGGGAGUGUGAGGGGACGCGCGAGCUAGACGGGGCGUCGAAUGGAGGGGUGGUUGAGACCGGGGAUGCGUUCGCGCCGGGAGACUUCGUGUUGGAGCGGGGGUCCCUGAGCGGAGUGGACUCGAGGGGGCUGGGCUUGCGCGAGGAUCAGUAUCAGGGGGCCCCUGAUGGAUCGGAUGACUGGAGGACAGCAGAGAACGGGUACCUGUUGCAAAUUUUGAAGGCCAGGGUGUACGACAUCGCGGUGCAGACACCCCUUGAGGAGGCUGACAUGCUUAGUGAGCAGCUGGGCAACAAAUUAUUCCUCAAGCGUGAAGAUCUGCAACCAGUUUUCUCAUUCAAGCUGCGAGGUGCCUACAACAAGAUGGCAAGUCUGAAGCCCGAGGACCGUGAAAGGGGUGUGAUAUGCUCCUCUGCGGGCAACCACGCCCAGGGGGUGGCACUCGCUGCUCGUCAAUUGGGAUGCGGCGCUAUUGUGUGCAUGCCAAGAACAACACCAACCAUUAAGGUAGACGCUGUUCAGAGGCUCGGGGGCAUCACGGAGCUCGUGGGAGAAACAUAUCAAGAAACUCAGGCAUAUGCACAGGAAAAGGCACAGGCCACUGGCCGGGCAUUCAUUGCACCCUAUGACGAUCCGUACACAAUCGCUGGCCAGGGCACCAUCGGUAAAGAGAUUCUGGAGCAGUACCAGGCCGAGGAGGACCUGCAUGCUGUCUUUGUUGCCAUUGGGGGUGGCGGCCUCAUCGCAGGCAUCGGCACAUACCUCAAGGCCCUGCGGCCAGAGGUGAAGGUGAUCGGUGUGGAGCCUGCGGGGGCCAAUGCGAUGGCGAUGUCCCUGAGCAAGGGCUACCGUGUGCGGCUGUCUGCCGUGGAUGCUUUUGCUGAUGGUGUUGCUGUGAAGCAGGUUGGCAAGGAGACUUUCAGGCUGUGCCAGAAGGUCGUGGAUGGUGUCGUUUUGGUCGACAAUUCCGAAAUCAGUGCUGCGAUAAAGGAUGUGUACAACCAGACACGCUCGAUUUUGGAGCCGGCAGGGGCGGUGGCAGUAGCUGGGGCCAAGGCGUAUUCAACUAGAUAUGGCAUCAAGGGAAAGGCGCUUGUGGCUGUCGCAAGUGGGGCAAACAUCAAUUUCAGCAACCUGAGGCUCGUGGCAGACCUCGCGGACAUUGGCGCCAAGCGUGAGGCGAUCCUUGCCACCUCCAUCCCAGAGCUGCCGGGCGCAUUCCGCAAGUUUGUCAAUGCUGCCCUGGAAGGUACUGAGCUGAUGGUGACUGAGUUUAAGUACAGGUUCUCUGCUGGGCCCCAUGCACACAUCCUGUGGAGCGUCGGCAUAAGGAGCGACGCCCAGCUCGAGGCACUGCUCGAGCGCCUCACCAGUGCAGGAGCUCAGACCAGAGACGUGAGCGCAGUGGAUGAAGCUCGGGAAUUGAUGAGGGACUUUGUCGGCGGGCGGCCGAGGUGCUAUAUGGGGGAAAUACCGCAUGAGCGAGUCUACAAGGUGCGCUUCCCCGAGCGCGUGGGCGCCUUGGAGCAAUUCCUCGAGAGCAUCAGCCCAAGGUGGAACGUCACCAUGUUCUGCUACCGCAAGUCCGGCAACCAGGCGACGUCCGUGCUGCUCGGGCUGCAGGUCCCUCCCCACGAGGAGGAGGCGUUCGGGCGGGCGGUGGCCGGCCUCAACGACUUCAGCUUCGACGGCAUCUCCGAAGGAGCGAGGUCGCUGUACAAGAUGUUCCUGCAGUAA